AUGGACACCACACCCAGGAGGAAGAUCCUCGGCAUAGGCAUCCUCAAGGAAAGCUCCUCGCAAAACCCGUCCUACAGCCCCGAGCGCGUCAAUCAGGAAGUCGACAAGGAGCUCGCAAGACUGCGGGAGGCGGGGUUCGAGUUCACGCUCUACUUCGCCGACAGCAAGGACACCGGCGCGGCGCUGCCGGCAGUCAAGGAGCUGUUGAGAGGCUCGGCUUGGGACGGCGUCUCUAUCGGGUUUGGCCUCCGCGGCGCGAUUGAGUACACCGCGCUCUUCGAGGACAUUGUGAACGCUGUGGUCUCGGAGGCCGAGGGGCCCGUGCCGAAGCUCAUGUUUACGAGCUCGACUACGGAUAUCUAUGAUGCUGCCAUUAGGGUCUUGGGGGCAUAG